ACCAUCACCACCCUCAACUUCCUCGCUUCACCUGACGGCUCUCGGCCUUACACUGACAUCCACACCGCCACGAGAAAGCCGGCCCGCAACUGGAUCGAGGACCCGCAUGGUAUGCAAGUUGAGGACAUGUGCGGGAAGGAGGAGCUUUACAAGCUCGAUAAUGCCGGGUUUAAGUAUGGGCGAGAAGCGGCGAAGAAUACCAGCUUCUUGAACGAUGAUGAGAUCGAGCGUUGUCAUCUUCGAUCACACUAUUUGUCACCGUUGCCCAGUCGAGCUAGAUGAUGACCCACAGAGACGUCAACCAGUCUCCCGGGCUCGUGUAGACCAAACGCCCGCGGCGUACAUUGCUCGUGUUCACAGGCAUAUCCCACCAACAGAAGCUCCUUCUCUCCUCUGCAGACGCUUCCAAAUCAUAAACCUUUGGCGUCUGAUAUCGCAUGCAGCUGUAGAUUGGCCACUUGCAUUAUGUGACUUCCGGAGUGUCCAUUUCGAGAAAGACUUGGUGCCUGUGGAUAAGACGUCGUGCAUUAGCCUUGAAACGGACAUAAAUGCAACGAGAUUUGUUCAUGAAGGUGUCAUGAACAGCAAGUAGCGUUGUUUGAGGCUCGCGAACAGAUUGUGAGAAGUAUCUUGCCUUUGAAAUCACAUACAGUGCAGAGGAAAUGGAGUGGCUGCAGCCUGGGCCCUCGGAAGCCUCGAGAA